GUGUCUUUUGACACUGUCAUUCGUUGUCACUUUGUGCACAUUGAAAAUUCACUUUGACUUUGGGCUUGAGGAUAGUUUUCAAAAAAAAAAAAAAAUUCCUUAUUAAUUGCAGAUAAAUCAGAAUGGUGAAAAUUUCAAUGUUAAAUUUCGUGCUGGUAGUGGCGGCAUGUAUUACUGCGAGUAAAGUUUUUGCGUCAGACGAUGACUGGUGGGAAUAUAGUUCCCAUUUCUAUCAAAUCUAUCCGCGUUCAUUUCAGGACAGUGACGGUGACGGCAUUGGUGAUUUACGCGGAAUAACCGUUCGAUUACCAUAUUUAAAAUAUAUUGGAGUAACCGGAGUUUGGCUGUCACCAAUUUUCCAAAGUCCCAUGAAAGAUUUCGGAUAUGAUAUUUCGAAUUUUCGACAAAUUCAUUCGGAAUAUGGAACGAUGGACGAUUUUGAUCGUUUGAUUGAACGCUGCAAAGAAUUGGAUAUUAAAUUAAUUUUGGAUUUUGUGCCGAAUCACAGUUCGGAUAAGCAUGUAUGGUUCGAAAAAUCGUCGAAUCCAAAUGAUCCCGAGCAUGAAAAAUACAAAGACUAUUAUGUUUGGCAUGAAGGAAAAUUACUCGAAAAUGGAACAAGGGUGCCGCCGAGCAAUUGGUUAAGUUUAUUUCGACGAAGUGCAUGGACAUGGGUCGAGAGUCGAAAGGCAUUCUAUUUACAUCAAUUUUUAGAACAACAACCUGAUCUGAACUAUCGCAACGAAGCACUCGUCAAUGAGAUGAAAGAGACUAUGCGAUUUUGGUUGCGAAAAGGCGUCGCCGGUUUUAGGUGCGAUGCGGUCCCAUUUUUAUUCGAAGCUCCACAAAAUGCCAAAGGUUAUUAUGACGAUGAACCGUUAAGCGGUGAAUGUAGUGACGAUCUAGAAGCAUAUUGUCGACUUAACCACACAAAAACAAUGGAUUUGGAUGAAACAUUUUACAUGGUAUAUCAAUUCCGUAAAGUGGCCGAAGAAGAUGAAUUUGCAAAAGAAACACGCAUUUUAAUGUCUGAAGCAUAUACCACUUUGCCAAAUACAUUGAAAUUUUAUGGAAAAGUUGAAAAUGGAACAAUUACUAAGUACGGUGCACAAAUUCCAUUUAAUUUUGAGUUAAUUAGCAAAACCAAUAAGAACACGACGGCAUAUGAAUUUAAAUCGCACAUCGAAGAAUGGCUUGAUGGCAUGCCGAAAGGAAAGCACAUAUUUGCCAAUUGGGUCUUAGGAAAUCACGACAAUAAACGAACAGCAUCAAGAUAUCGACCAGCCCGCACCGAUCUUUUCAAUAUUUUGCUAAAAACAUUGCCCGGCAUAACGAUAACGUAUAUGGGAGAGGAAAUUGGAAUGACCGACGUAUAUAUUUCAUGGGAAGACACAGUGGAUCCGCAAGCAUGUCGUACAAACCCUAAAAUAUUUGAUCAAUUUUCACGUGAUCCGGCACGAACGCCCAUGCAAUGGUCCGAUGACAUCAAUUCUGGUUUUUCAUUUGGAAACAGCACUUGGUUACCAGUUGCAAGCAAUCACACUAAAAAUAAUGUUCAAUUGCAAAAGUCGAAAAUUCUUAGUCAUUUGAAAGUGUUUCGUCAAUUGAUGGCACUACGACAAAACCCCACAAUGAAAUAUGGCGAUGUGAAAAUAAUUGCGGUCAACGACGACGUUCUCGUAUACAAACGAGAAAUUUAUGGUCAAGAUGAUGCCGAUAUUAUUGUUGUUUUGUUGAACUUGGGCAUCUCAUACAGACCCAUUCAAUUGAAUUCCCAUUUCAAAGAAUUGCCGCAACAAAUGAAAGUUAUUGUCGCGUCAAUUCAUUCGGAAAUACUUGUUAUAGGGGAUUAUGUCGAUACAAAAAAAGUGGUUUUGCCACCCGAGGCCGGUAUUGUGAUAAUUGGACGAAAGUAGAGAAGGAAUUUCAUUGAAUAAAAUCGAAAACUAUGUUAUUCAACCA